CCUUUGUAUACAGUAUACACCUUAUUGCCUUUUCCGAAAUUUCUACUCUUUCUUUACACCAUCUCCAUCAAAAUCCUACGGUCCUACCUAACGUGAUUUUCUUGUACGAUAUCUUCCCAAUGAAGAUUUCUUGGCAGAUCUCAUUUCUUCAAACACCAUCUUACGCUUCUUCCACUUCAAAAAGCCCUAAAUCUUCUCCCAUUUAUUUUUAUUUGCUUACGAUGUUGCAACGUAUCGCAUAGCGGCGAGAUUCAAGCACCACCAACAAUCCCCAUACGGCGAUCUCACACACACGCAGACACACACUAACUGCACACCAUUGUAAAAUUCAGUCCUCAAAACCCACUUUUCUAAGCUUCUCAGGUUGCAACCCUUGUUGGGUUCAUCCUUUCCUUGUAGAUGGCGACUGAGAGCUCUAAAAUCAUUCAACCCCAAACCGUCGAUUCAAGCCUCGGAGGUCCAAAUCCUCUGAUAAGAACCGAUAUUGACACGUCGGCGCCGUUUGAGUCCGUGAAGGAGAAGGCAAGCCGCUUCAACAACAUGGGUUUCUGGAAACCGGCCCGGCUCAAACCGUCCAGCAUGCGUCUGAUGUUGUCUGGGGGCUCGCGAUAUAUCUACCGAGGACCUGUUUAUAUCAAAUUAGAUAUUGCGCAAGAUCUUUUGAGGCCUGUUGAUCAGUAUCUAUUAGAGGGUCUGAAGCGUUUUGAAUAUGCCAUUGCAGUGAUUGCAUAAGAUAUAUGAUGGAGAAUGUGUCUCUCAUGUUAGAGUUAUCUGAGGCAUUUCAUGUUCUGUCUUUGAGACAUGCUUGCAUCCUAUUCAUCCUUGACAAGGUUGACAAUUGCAACUCCACCGGUGAUUAUGUUGUCGCAGUUGCGUUGGCAUCUAGAGUUGGUAUAGCCGCACUAGCUGCGGCUUAGACCAGGAAAGAAAAGAGUGGAUGAGAAAGAAGAAUGUUAUGAUGGAAGUCCUUCUGCAUGAUAGACAAAACCAUAUACAUGAUUACAUAUUACAUUUUAAUGUUUAUUCUACUUUAGUUAGUGGUUUAUGUAGAGAUCUUAUGUUGAUCAGUUUCAGGUGGAAGAGCAUUUUAUGAUUCUCAUGGGAUUGCUUACUUUGUUAUCUGUAGAAACUUUUUGAAUCAUAUGGCUUCGCUGUGAUUUGAUUAUUCACUUUUUCAGGUGCAAAUUUGAUGAUGAAAAGGUCAUUAAAGAAAAGUUUGUCGCAAUUGACACUUAUACUUCUAAGGCGGCGCCAUGGGGGGCAAACUUCUAGAAUGAAGGUUAUGCGCAUGGCUCACAUGCACUUUGGAUGGCCUUCCACAACCGAUCUCUUGGUUGUAGGGAAGUGUCCUGGUUUUGGGUUAUUUGUUUCUUAUUUUUUAAAGUUUAUGAUCCAUUUUUGUUGGUGUCUAUGUAAGAUUGCGUUGGGCUUAAUUGGUAUUAAUUUGCUCUAUUAAUAUCUCUAGGUAUUGAAUUAUGAUACACGGGAAUCAGGUUAAUUGUUGUUCAAUUUAGAUGUAUAUAAUUAUUUAUUUAGUCAAUGGUUCUUUACUUUUUGAAAUGGCAAUGGUUGCAGCUAAAAGAUAAUAAAUACUAGAUUGGACAAUAGAUACGUGGUUUUUUCUUGGGUACACCAAAGAAAGAGUUUUGGCAAUGAAGUUCUAGGAAAUGUAACUUGAGUGUGUGUCGUCCGCUUUGGCUUUGGAUGUCAGAACAAUAACCGUAGAAAAUAGAGUAGUACAUUAAAACGGGCAAUUUAUAUUCCUAAAUUUUGAUACGCACACUUCUUCUAUUUGUUGUGCAAAGGUAAAUCUUUCUUUACAAAUCUGUCAUAUUUUUUUCCGUUUCGCACGUAUGGGGAUUUCAAUAGAGAGUUUAAAUUUAUAUUUUGUAUUCUCAAUGAGAGGUUUCAAUUUUUUUUAAAAAACAACAAGUUUCAGUUUAAGAUUUCUUACAUUCAUGGAAACCGAUGGUUGACUUCUAAUUUUCUAUAAUAAUAUUCGCUCUCCUCUGCAGAGGGAAAAUUAAGCAUUGUUGGCUUAAUGAUGAACAAUUGGGCUUAAUUUGUUGGCAUAAUGUUUGAUGAAUGACACCCAAUUUGUCUUCCAUUUUCACAGCUUGAAGAAUGUCAUUUGGGGGAUUGCAGGUACCAUUCGUAUCGAGAGGAUAGAAAUUGGCUACUGGCUACUGCGUGGUGCAAUCUCAUCCCUAAUGGUUUUCAUACUUCUCAUUUCAUUGUUUUUAUUAGAAUUGAGUUCUCCUUUUCACAUAGCCAGCUGCAAAUACGGAUUCGAAGCUCAUAAUAGUUUGAUAUGGUUUGGUGAUAUGUGUUAUUUUCAUCUGCUUUCAUUUCGAGGUCAAUUAAUUUAGAGAUGAUGGAAAUAAGUUUGUGAGUAUAGAAAUUCCUUAAUAGGUUCUUUUAAGCAUAUUUGUUUUCCACAAAUAUUCCCAGUAGUAAAAAUUGUUUUGGUUCUUCAAUUCC